AGGAGAGAUGUGGAGGUUGAGUUUAGUUGAGAGUCGGGUCCCAAGACGGUAGGCAGGACUAUCGUAUCCCAGUCAGCGACUCACGCUCUGAGAAUACUUGACUAUCGUGUCUCUAUUGUGUUGUCCUGAGCUUUAUUGGUGAUAAUAAAUUCAGUGAAUCUCGUUAUUUUAUGCAGUUUAAUAUACUAUUCACUCAGUGAUUUAUUUAAGCAUCACAUUUUACCUUCUGCGACAUUGAAUAUUCUUCAUUAAAUCCAUUACUUUGUGUAUCAAAAGGCCUAUUCAGAUAAAUCCUAAUUGAGAAGAAAUAAAUCAUGUGUGAAUUACUAUCAAUCAAGCAUCGUAGAGCAAGUGGGGUUGAGGCGUCACUAGCAGUGAUGUGCGCCAGGAAGUGAAGAAUUGAGACAAUGAGGGGGACAACUCCUACACCGCCUCUGACACCACAGCAACACUUGAAGGAGCCAUGACAUCCCUUUUAUCAUGUACGAGUGACACUUUGCUAACUCUGGGAAAUGAUAAUGACGUAGUGAUAUUAAAGAUUUAUAUGGGUUCCUAAUCAUUAUAGAUAUUGACCAUAACUUUUAAGUAGUGGUGGUAAAGCUUUCAGACAGAUCACAACUCCAAGGUCUGACAGCACUCAAUGAAACAGAAAAGACUUAAAAAGUCACCGACAAGACUUGAAUAAUAUUUGACAAUAAUAAUUCCAAAAAAUCGAAGGAUCUUUGACAACACGAAUAGCAGCCAAAGGAUCAAAGGAGUUGGAAUAACACUCGAAUGAGCUCAUAAAAAACGUCGAGGUGCUUGUACAGCUUAUAAAAGGAGUUUCGAUUACGAACAUUUACAGAAUCACGAGUGUGAUCACUAAGACCGAAAGCCAUCACUAUUAAUCCAAAAGACCAGAUUUCAGCAGUCCGUCAAAAUGAUUCUCAGCAAAGAUCUUCAGGAGAUUUUAGAAGGAGUGCACUACUUCCUGAGUGAAGCGCUGCCUGGAGAGCCCUUGAGUGGGAAGCUGGAAUGUCUUCGUCGUGGGCUGGUACUACAGCUGGAGGCACUGGCACUCUCCUACCCCACCCUCAGGAUCAGGACUCGCUCCUCUGCCUCUCUCCCCUACCUUGCUAUGGAUCAAGCCAAUCUGCACAUUGUCCAACAUCGGAGUGAGAGCAUGAGCAGUGGCAGCAGUGGCUCCAACAGCUACAGUAAUAGUUCAAGUGGAGAUGGUCUUGUGAUGGGGCAAGGUAGGGGAGGCUACGACACCCUCAACCGACAGCACAUCUUCCAGGAUGAAGACUAUGAAGACUUCCAAGACAAUAAAGUGAAUAGUGCAGUUUUGAAGACAUUUGAGAGGGUCGGAGGUGAAGAGGAGAAAGAUGGUGAAGAAAGUUUUAUGAAAACUGUGAAAACUGUGGCCCUUUUGUACAUUAUUGCUACAUGUGAUAGACAUGGAAUACUUAUGAAGAAAACUAAAGGUCUCUUACGGAAUGUGAAGAACUAUCACUGUGUGGCAGCCAGUGGGAUGCUUUAUCUGUACAACAAGGAGACUGAUGAAAGACAGCGCAAGACAAUUGAUUUAACUGGAUAUUCAGCACGAGCAGCAACAGGUGAAGAUAUUCGAGACCAGCGUAAAAAAGAUGCUGCAUUUGAAAUUGUCGGUCCAGGGAAAAAAACACACACAUUCAUUGCACGAACAGCUCGUGAUAAAAUGGAUUGGCUAGCAGCCAUAGAUCGAAGUAUUAAGUAUGGCAGAAUCCGUUCACAGACUUCAAGUAAUUCCUUAGCAGAAGGAGUUGGAAAUAAUAAUAAUAACAGGGGAGAUACGGAUAAACAAAAUAAUGAAAUAAUCCUACCACCCAAAGCUCCUCCACCUCAACAGUCAGUACAUAGAACAGACACCAAACCUAUUGAUGAAUAUUAUUAUUAUCACGAUGUUGUUAGCGAUGCCACAGAUGAAGUGUAUGAGGAAGUAGAUCCUGAGAGCUUGGUGGUGGGGAGCUCUGAGACACUACCACCACCACCACCACAGUUAUUGCUGAAUCCACAAUCAUCACAACUCCCGGAUUAUGACCCGGUAUAUCCUGAUGAUUUUCCUCAUCCUCCCUCCCUGGCCACUUUGCCAUCAACUCCGAGUUUAGGAAGACGACCUCCAGGGCGGCCACCACUUCCAAACUUUCUGCAAGAUCAUUUAAACAAACAGGUAGUAAGACCUCUUCCUGAUGCUCCAUCAGAAUCCAGUGAGGGCGCUGAUGAUCCUAUCGGUAUUUAUUGUGAAAUUGAAGAAGAUGUACUUGAAGCUGGGCGUGAAAAUUUUUUGAAGGCUCUUGAUUCAGAGAGGGAAAAUAACAAAAUGGAAGCCAUAAACUUUGGAAAUUCAGAUAAAGAGUCAGUGUUCUCUGAUGACAUACCUCACCAGAAGACUAGUGAAAUGCCAUCUCUUCCCGCAAGAUCCUCAUCUAAUUCUUUAGUUGGAUUUCUCAGUGAUGAAAUAUUUAUGAAUAUAUCAGAGUUUAGCCCUUCACAUAACUUAAAUAAAUAUCCUCAAAGAUCAUCCAACCCAGUAAUGCCACCCAAAUUACCUCCUAAAGGAAUUCCACUUCCUUCAGUAGCAGAUGAUGACUCUGAAUACAAAGUGCCCAUAGUGUCAAACAUAGAUGCUGAAUAUCAAAUUCCACCUCCCAAUCCUGUUCCUACUGAUGCUGAAGAAACAGCCAAGGUUGAAACUGUGCAUGAAAUAUCAGGUCCUAUACCUACUUCUUCUCAAAUGUAUCAGGUUCCUCCUUCUCAGACCAUUGUUUCCAUCAAGCCAAAUAAAAAUGAAAGAAAAAACUCAAUUAUUGAAGAACACUCUAAACCACUGAGUUCAUUUUUAAGUGGACAAGAAGAUCCAUAUCCAAGGAACACCCUGAAGGUCUUAACAAACCGAUUUGAAAAGAUUGAUAACAUUCAGGAAAGUGAUGGUGCAAAAAAUGUACAGCAGUUAGGUCAAGGGACAUCAGUUAAAGACAUGAUUGCACGAAUAAAUAAAAACAAAUCUUUAAGUGAAAAAGCUGAUCAAUCCAAAAGUAGAGAGGAAUUAGUUGUCCCAGAUGUCACUGUAGAUGAGAAAGUGGAUGGGGCAACUCUUAAAUUUGAGCCCUCUCCAGAAAAUACAUCAUCCAUGAGAGUUUCUGAGCAAAAAUUAAUUAAGCCCGUGCUGCCACCCAGGCCACACAACCUUUUAAAUGGAGCUACAAUAACACAGAAGAAUAUGCCACCAAUUGAGGAAAUCCAGAACACUGAUUCUAAAAUAGAAAAUGAUGAUGCAUUUGAUGAUGACCAUUAUGAAACUCCAGAUGAUAACAGUUUUGAUAGCAGCUCUCAACAGGAUUCUGAAGAUACAGACCAGGGUAAAGACACAGUUGCCCCAUGGAGACUCAAGCCAGAGAAAAUAGGAGAUUGGUAUGUUGCAAAGUUUGCCUUCAUAGCUACAAUUGAUCAGGCUCUAAGCUUCAACCGCGGCGAUGUCAUGCAAAUACAUGAUACAACUGGCAGUUCUGGAUGGUGGAAGGCAACACUUAAAGGGCGCUCUGGUCUUGUGCCUAGAGAGUACCUCAAGAAAAAGGAUUAAUGUAUUCAAGCAGACACAACAGUAUUAUAAUUCAGUGUAUUGUACUAAGGACAAUUACACCACGAAAUUUUUUUUAAUGUAGAGACAGUGGAUAUCAGGAGUUGAUAACUAAUUGUGAUUAAGCUUAAUGCACCUACAGAAUAUUAAAGCUGAUGAAAAACAUCAAUAUAGAUAUAACUCGCAUAAGUCAUCAUAUUUACCAUGUUCAGAAACAACAACAAAAUUGUAUUUAAAUCACAAGUGUGAAUAGUUGUUACAGUUAAGGUCAUUCAUAAUUCAUUUAAAAAAAUACAACAUAUGCUUCAUAACAGUCAUGAAUAAUGUUAAUUCAGGAAUUCUGAAGAAUAUUAAUAAAGUACUGUACAUGUUUUAUAACUAAAUUUAGGCUGCAUGAGAGAUGUAGUGCAAUUGUAAUUGUUAUACAGUGUGGUAUAUAAUUCUUAUGUAUAAGCAGUUUACAUUAGGUACAUAAUUUGAUAUUCUGUUCUAUUCAUUUUAUUUUUAUACUUGGCCUUACUACAUUUACAAUUACAAGUGAAUAAACAGAUAGGAACUGUAUCACUAAUGGAGUCCCUUAAUGAUAUGCUUAAUAGUGCAUAUCAGUCUUAUGGUAAUAAUUUUUUUAAACUGCUAUAUUAAUGUCCAGUUAAAUACUAUAUUUUAACUGAAAUUUUACUGUAUUUAAUUGUUAUUGAAAUGAUGCAAUCAAUGUAAAAUUGUGAAAAUUUUAAGCAUUAAUCAGAAAUAGAACUUGUAACAAUCUACUUCACAUUUUUGUAACAUGGUAAAAGAAAAUUAUUCUAAAGUUCUUUUAUUUGAUACAACUCCAAAGAAAACUUCAUUACAUUUUAUUCAGCUGAUAGUGCAACAUUUGGAGUUUCUCAUUGUAACAAAGCUCAUAUGUUCAGUUCUGAACAAUUACAGUAUAUACUUAAAAUAUGAUGUUUUCAUGGAAAUGAAUGGUAUAAAAUACCGACACAAUGGAAAUAUAAACACAUAUGCAGUUUAAUGUGAUCCUUUAUUGACAACGUCUCGCCCACACAGUGGGCUUUUUCAAGUCGCAAACAGAUCUACCUGGGGUGGAAGGUACGCGAGUAUUUAUAGUCAGGUUCAGAAUGUUGAGGUCAGGUGGAGAAUGCUGCAUCUGAUGAUCUACUGAGUGGGGUUAUAGAGUCUAGAAUCUUGGGUAGCUUGGAAGGGAGAUUGGAUAAGUUUGUGAGCAGACCUUCUGCAGUGUUCUUCCAUUCCUAUGUUCUUAUGUGGGAUAGCGAUGAAGGAGUUUCUUGGCAAGUGGUUCAGCUAUGUUGUAGAAGCCAUUGUUCUGGUUGAAAUUGUUGGUUAUAGAGAUAAGCGAUGACUCUAGGAUUCUUCGGUAUUGGGUGUUGUCUUCUCUGGCAAUAAGUCUUGAGUUUCUGUAGUUAAUUAAAUGGUUGUGUGAAUUGCGGUGUUGUACACAGGCAUUCCUUGUAUCAUCAGACCUGCUUGAGUAUUGGUGUUCUGAAAUACGUGUUUGGAGGUCUCUUGAUGUUUCGCCCACAUAUAAUUUGCUGCAGUCAUUACAAGGGAUUAGGUAUACCCCUGCAGAGGAUGGAAGCUUGUCCUGUCUAUUACUGGUAAUGUCCUUGAUGGUCGUGGUUGUGGAGGUAGAUACUUGGAAUGAGGUAUUUGAAAAGAUGCUGGAAACAUGUUUGGCAAUGGAGUUGGUGGGGAGGACUAUGUAUCUUCUGGGCAGUGUCUUCUCUUGGUGUGUUGAAGAUGUUUAAUGCCCGCCGUCUGCAGUCUCUGAUGAAGUGACGAGGAUAAUGGAGUUUAGAAAAUACUUGUUCAAUUAUAGUGCAUUCUUCCUCAAGGAACUCAUUGCUGCAGAUUCUGAGUGCUCGCAGGAAGAAGCCUAUAAUUACACCACGUUUAGUUUUGGUAAAACGAAGUUCGUGGUCAGCUUUGCAGAGAACAUCAAGGAAAGGAAGAGUGUUGUUGACUUCUUCUUCAAGUGUGAACUGGAUUGAGGGCUCGACCUGGUUGAGUUUGUCUUGGAGAGCUUGAACAUUGAAGCGUCUGGGAGUUAUGAGGAGAAUGUCGUCAACAUAAUGGAGCCAGGUGACAGUCGGAGGAAUAAUGGUGGAGAAAUGCUCGGCUUCCAGAUGUUCCAUGUACAAGUUCACCAGGACGGCAAUGAGUGGCGAACCCAUGGGUAGUCCAAAAGUCUGCUGAAAGAGGUGAUUUUUGAAAGAGAAACACGUAAAGCCGACACAUAGUUCAACAAGGUCGAUGAAAUCGCUGGCUGGAAUAGGAAGAUCAAGUGAAUCGUCAAUUUUCCUGCGCAGGAGAUCGAUGGCUUGUGUAGUAGGUACUUUGGUGAAUAGGUAAGUUAUGUCAAGGCUGGAAAGUUUCUUGUUCCUGAUGUUGAUGUUGUGAAUGCGAUUGAGAAGAUCAAUUCACACAAAACAACAUUAAAAUGUCAUAAAUUGUUAGCACAAUACACAUACUAUAAUUUGGCCAGGAAUAUCUCACUAAAAGCCAAGGACUUUGUUUUCCCAAUAGAGAUGCACUAUACAAUCUUUACUUGUAAUUUUUUGCAUUGUUAAAAGUAGAAUAUACAAAAGUUUACCAUCCACUGAGGUCACUGCACACCACACCACUAAUGUAGUUCAUAAAACCCAUCACUUGUGUUUGAAAUGUUUUCAGGAUAAUUCUUCAUGUUCCCACCACUGAUUUUUGAAAUGUUUUCAGGAGAAUGUUUCAUGUUAGUUUUUUGUUGAUUCAGAAUUGAAUAUGUUGAUGAAUGAUGAGUGUUGCAGAUAAUAUAAAAUGUAAAUAGAUAGACAAAAUGAUAUUGACAUAUACAUACUCUACUGUACUUGUACACAGAUAGUUUGAUAAUGAUUUUAUAUCCAAUAGCCAUCAUUUGGAUGGUAGUCAGAAGAUUGCAAAGGUACAUAAAGGGCCCAGGUACUGUUCCCCAGUAUUCUGUUAACUAAGCAAGAUACAUUAAGAAUUAACAUUUACAACAAUAAUGGAUUACACAAUUGAUAAAUUAAGUCACAUGAACAUAGCAGUGUAGUACUAUAUAUUCAGUAUGUUAGAGAGGCACACUGGUCCAAAGCAAUGGCUAAAAAUGUUGUUGGUUAAUAAGCAAGUUACACUGAAUGUACAAUAUUUACAGUUGGCAAAGUUUGGUUAUUUGACUAGAAUUCAUUUAAUUUAAUAUUUUAGAUAUUUUUAACUUUUAUGAGGGCCUCUUCUUUAAUCUAUUUCCAGUCAAGUGUAUAGUGAUGCAGGGUGUAAAAAUGACUAAUGAAAAAAAUAUAUUUUUAAUGUAAUUGCAUUGGUUGGGGUAACUUCCUGAUAUAUUUUUAGUCAAAAUCUGUCUAUCUUUGCCCCUUUCCAUAGGGGUGGUUGUAUGUAGAAUUUUCUUCAAAUAUUUUAACUAUUUUCAAGUUUUAGGUACGUAUUAUGUACAUUUGCUAAAGAAUUCCUAAUUUGUUUGGCAAAUAUUAUUAUUAUUCAAUGAAUCAAUACACAAGUGAGAAACUAGAAGGGAAGCAAUAAGAACAAUUUUGAAACAAUCAUAAAAUAAGGCAUAACAAAUGAGAAAGAAUAAGGAAAACAGAAUACCCCUAUGGUUUAGUAAUAAUAAUAAAAAACAGAAUAUAAUGGUAAGCCAAUGAUGAUGCAGAAAUUAGGUAGGACCUCUACAUGACACUUCAGUGCACUUGUAGCUAAAGAAAAGUAUCUUACUUUUAUGGCUAGUUAGUUUUCUUCACUGGGAGGGUUAAGUAAUCAGAAAUAAAUCAUGAAUACAAUGGGGUUAAUCCAAAGAAAGUUGUAAAUCAUAGCUAUUCAAUCAAUCUACAGUACUCUUACUUCUAAGAGUUAUUAUGUAGUUUUAAAACUGCAUGUACAGCAGAUUUAUGCGGUAAAUAAUUUGCCUUAUACUGUUGUUGGAAAAGGAAGUAUUUAUUUAAUGUAAAUAAAGGGUGCUCAAUUUUGCACAUGACAAAUAAUUACAUUACUUUCUGAACAAAACAAUGAUAAGUUUUAAUGCAGUUAAUAAACUUUAUCAAAUACCUAUAAAUCAUUGUUGGAAUUAAUAAAUAGGAUGUGUGACAAUGAUUAUCACAUUGUAUUCCUAAUACAGUGCUGUAUUGAAUCUGAAAGCCCAAUUUUUUAAUUUAAUAUCAAACAGCAAGCAAAUUUUUAUUGUAAAUACUGUUUUAUAUUAUUUUUGCUGCUGUGCAUUAUUGUUAAAACAACAUUACUGAAGAUCUUUUACUAGUCUGUAAUACCAAAUAAGAGUACAGCAUGUACCAGUUAUUUCAUUUUUUUUUUUUUGCAGUGUAAAUAUGCAAUGCCAAGUAUGUACUGUACUAAAUGCUAUAAUAAAUCUUAAUUUUAAA